AUGGGCCGCCAACUGCCAGGACCUUCUCCGCGACAUUCCGCCCGAGCACUGUCUUACCAGAGACCCGCUAGCUUGGAAGCAAGACAACCACUCAACUCUGGAAUUGCGCUGUCUGCCUGGCUGCAGCAGUUAAACUGGGACGCCCCGCUGCCGUCGACCAUCACUGUGAAGUGGAAGCGGCUCUGGGAGGAACUUCCACUCCUCGAAAAGCUCAGAGUCAGCCGUUGGCUUGGCACCGGCGACACGAGCUCUCAUCUCGAGCUACACGGCUUCGUAGACGCGUCCGAGAGAGGCUACGCCGCCGUGGUGUAUCUGAUGACAAAAGGCAAGGUCGCGUCGAUUAAACUCGUAUCUCUCCCGCGACUAGAACUCUGCGCCGCCGCCUUACUUUUAAGCAUACUCGUGCACACGCGCUCUGUGUUGAAACUCGCUAUGACUCCAGUAACCUUGUGGUCAGACUUCAAGGUCACACUCCAUUGGAUUCAGGGCCACGCCUCUCGCUGGAAGACGUACGUGGCCAAUCGAGUAUCUCAGAUCUAG